AUGGCUGAAGUCGAACAAUUUGCCUUCCAAGCUGAGAUAUCUCAGCUUAUGUCAAUUAUCAUUAAUACUUUCUAUUCAAAUAAAGAGAUUUUCCUUCGUGAAUUAAUUUCAAACUCUUCCGAUGCUUUGGAUAAAAUUCGUUAUGAAUCACUUACCGAUCCUUCAAAACUUGAAUCUGGUCGUGACCUUUAUAUUCGAAUCGUUCCAGAUAAAGAAAAUAAAGUUCUUAUGUUACGAGAUACUGGAAUUGCUUUCAUGGAAGCUUUACAAUCCGGUGCCGACAUUUCUAUGAUUGGUCAAUUUGGUGUGGGUUUUUACUCUGCCUACUUGGUAGCUGACCGUGUUCAAGUUAUCACAAAGCAUAAUGAUGAUGCACAAUAUAUUUGGGAGUCUGCUGCCGGUGGAUCUUUCACUAUUACUCGUGAUACCGUUAAUGAACCUCUAGGUCGAGGUACUCUUAUUAAAUUAUUCCUUAAAGAAGAUCAAUUAGAAUAUCUUGAAGAACGUAAAGUUAAGGAGGUCGUCAAGAAACAUUCUGAAUUCAUUGGUUAUCCAAUCCAACUCAUC